AUGGCGGGAUCAAUCUAUAACCCGGAGGUGGUGGCUUUAAUAGCAUUGUCUACCAUCUUGACAUCAAUAUCUUUUAUUAUCGUAGUUUCACGAUGUGUCAUACGUUUCUUCAUGAUAUUUAAGCCGGGAAUGGAUGACUGCAUGAUAAUUGGUGCCCUAAUCUUCACUAUCGCCUACGAAGUGGCAAUAUACGUAAUAAAGAUUCAUGGCGGAGUGGGGAUGCCAAUAACAACGCUGUCAUUCACCGAGAUGGCAACAUUUCUGAAGGCUACCUUCGCGAUUGAGUUGAUUUACUACACGAUCGUUUUCUGCAUCAAAACGUCAAUCAUAUUCAUGUACCAGCGCUUUGCCAUAUGGGAUACGUUCAAAAAGCUCUGUCUCGGAACCAAUAUCCUACUCUUUACGUUCUACGUUGUAUGCAUUGGAGCAACGCUCGGCCAAUGCACUCCCCUCGAGAAAGCUUGGGACGUCACAAGGGCGCUACCAGGGACGUGUAUUAACACGACGGCAUUCUUCUACUUCACGUCUGGUUUCAAUAUCCUUACCGACGCCUGGAUCUUGUUACUUCCGAUCCCUACCCUACGGUCCUUGAAGAUUUCACGGCGUAGCCGUUAUGUGCUGUACGGAAUUUUUGGCAUCGGCAGCUUGGCCACCGCAAUGUCAUGUGUGAGGCUGUACUCUAUACACAUAUACACGCUUGCAAAGGACCCCUUUAAGGAUGGCGUAUUAGUAAACCUAUGGUCUAUGGUGGAAGUAAACAUUGCGAUAGUAUGCGCUAGCAUUCCCGCUCUAAAGCCUCUGGUGUCGCCCAGAAAACUCCUUAACGAGCGACGUCAACGCCGAGGGUAUAGCUCUCACAUCACUGAGCCACUUUCCUAUCGACCUUCAAAGAUCAGUGGAUUCAGCUCUAUGUCCCACUCGCGUAUCACCAAGGCAGAAAGCACAAACCGGGUUAGCUCACCCGUAUCUCUCCCACCCGAGGAUGAGACAUCUGGUAUUUCACUUCCUCUACAGACACUAUGAAUGAGAUUAUACGUUAUUUCAAACAGAUUACCUGGCAUUUACAUUUUAUUAAUAAAUAUGAGAGGAAUAAGAAAAUAGCACGACUAGCUUGACUACUCCUUACGAAAAAAAAAAAAAAACUUUAUGGAUCCCAAUAAGGUAGUCAAAUUCAUUGACGAGCAAGGCGCUGGUGGCAGCUGCUAAAGGGUUUGUAAAGCAGCACGACUUUACUUUGGUUUUCAAUGUUA